ACUGCCAAGCAAAGGAUCUGAUUGCCGUUCUCUUUUUGAUGUGGGCUUCUUUGGCGAGGAGUGUCAUGGCAGUCCAGUCUGUGAAAACGGUGACCGCCAACGCGUUGCUGAGUGUCUUCUUUCUUUCAAGUGCUCUGGCUGCUUGUUCUAAAGAUACAUCCCUAUUCAUUACUGCACCAAAGCAGAUGGAAGCACUGAGUGGAUCUUGUCUGCUAAUCCCAUGUAACUUUAGUGCUAAAUCAGAUACGGAAUUCAUCAGGACAACCUUUGGAGUGUGGAUUAAAACUGAUAUACAUUUUAGCGACAAAACAAAUAAUGUGAUUUUCAACAGUAGCAGGGUGAAUAAUAUCUAUCCAAUGAGUAUUACCGGAGACCUGAGACAGAAAAACUGCACCACCUUGUUUUCCAGUUUAAUCACAAGUUACACUGACAAAUACUUCUUCAGAAUUGAGAACGGGCCAUUUCUGGCAACAGCUGUUUGUGAUCCUCUUGAAAUAACAGUUCAAGAUUCCCCCCCGAGGCCCAGAAUUGAGAUCCCACAUGAUCUGAAGGAGAAGGAGUCUGUCACUAUAAGCUGCUCAGCUUCCACUCCCUGUCCACACUCCCCUCCUAAACUCACCUGGAAUCUCCAACAAGACCCUCCCAACAACAUAGAGGAGAACAGAGAUCGGACCUUCACAACUAAAAUCCAGAAGAACAUCACUCUGUCAGACACACAUGAUGGAUUCACCAUCAACUGUUCUGCCACAUAUCCUGUGAAUGAAGGAAGAGAAGUCAAGACAGCAGAGGAGAGAAAGACUCUCAAUGUUUCAUAUGCUCCCAAGAACACCUCAGUGUCCAUCAGUCUAUCAGGUUUGGUGUCAGCAGUUAGCUGGGUGAACCUGACCUGCUCCAGCAGAGCCAAGCCUCCCGCCAGCUUCAGCUGGUUCAAGAACAGCAAAGAUGGAGCCAUCAGAGUAGCUGAAGGAGACUUUUACAGCUUCAAUGUCACCGAUGGAAGAGUGUAUUACUGUGUUGCCACCAAUGAUCUUGGUAAUGAAACAUCAAUAAUCCAUCUUGGUAUUAAAGGCGAAGUUAGCUCUCAAUUGGGGCCAAUUCUUGGAGGAAUCGUUGGGAUCGUCAUACUCCUCUGCCUGGCUGUCUGUGUUUGGCGUUUAAAGUCGACACAUCCAACUGCACAACAGACUCAGAGUCAAACAGCUGAAGAGCUGACUGUUGAAGAGCCAGCAAGAAAAACACAAGAAGAAGAAGACAUCCAUUAUGGAGAGAUCGACUUCUCCAGGCAGAGACCUGAACCAUCCUCGUCCUCGGAGCAGGACAGAGGACAGCAGCAGGACACGCUGUAUGCACAGGUCAAAGUGUCUAAGAAAGCAAACAGCCGAACACAGACUGCUGAGGGCCCAGAGGAUCUCUACGCUCAAGUGAAGAAAAAAUGAGUGCUGUUGUUAAAAGACAGAAAAUACAUUCCUGUACAAUUCCAUGUGCCUUAAUGUUCUAUUCACUGCUUACAGUUCAAUGGAGAGACACUUUAAACCUUCCCAUCCUGCAGUUAUUAACAUGUUCAUAUAUGUGUGUGCUGAACUCACACAGCUGUUUGUGUGUGAUUUGGUAUUUAUGUCAGCUGUGUGCAAAUAA